AUGGAGAGAAUUUCAAUUCUUGGUUUCAUUUUGGCUAUUCUCUAUUUCAUAACAACAGAACUUGCAUGUAGUGGUCAUACCCAUAUCGGCAACAAUGUUCAAUCUGAACAAAAUGCUCUUAUUGACUUCAAAAGUGGUCUCAAAGAUCCCAACAACCGGCUUUCAUCCUGGAAAGGAAGCAAUUAUUGCUACUGGCAAGGAAUUAGUUGUAAAAAUGGCACAGGAUUUGUCAUCUCGAUUGAUCUUCAUAACCCUUAUCCUCAUGAGAAUAUAUAUGAGGACUGGAGCUCUAUGAACUUAAGUGGAGAAAUUUAUCCUUCGUUGAUAAAACUCAAGUCUUUGAAAUAUCUAGAUUUGAGUUUCAACUCAUUCAAAGCCAUGCCAAUUCCUCAAUUCUUUGGGUCUCUGAAGAAUUUAAUAUAUCUGAACUUAUCAAGUGCUGGGUUUAGUGGAGCAAUUCCUUCAAAUUUGGGGAAUCUUUCUCACUUGCAAUAUCUCGAUCUUUCUUCUAAGUAUCCUAAAUAUGUUGAUUUUGAGUAUUCUAAUGAUUUAUUUGUUCAAAACAUUGAAUGGAUGACUGGUCUUGUUUCCUUGAAGUAUCUUGGUAUGAAUUAUGUUAACCUUUCAUUGGUAGGAAGUCAAUGGGUUGAGGUGCUAAACGAGCUUCCAAUUUUAUCUGAGUUGCAUCUAGAUGGUUGUAGUCUCUUUGGCUCAUAUCCAUCUCCAAGCUUUGUUAAUUUUACUUCACUUGCUGUUAUAGCUAUCAGCUCCAACCACUUCAAUUCCAAGUUUCCUGAAUGGCUUUUAAAUGUCAGGAACCUUGUAUCCAUUAAUAUCAGUUUAAGUCAAUUACAUGGGAGAAUUCCACUUGGUCUUGGUGAGCUACCCAAUUUGCAAUACUUAGAUCUAUCUUGGAAUUUGAAUCUCAGGGGCAGUAUCUCUCAACUGUUGAGGAAGAGUUGGAAAAAGAUAGAAGUUCUAGAGUUGGAAGGAAAUGAAUUACAUGGUUCAAUUCCAAGCUCCAUUGGAAACUUUUGCAACUUAAAAUAUCUGGAUUUGACGGGUAAUUGCAUGAAUGGAAGUUUACCUGAGAUUAUCAAAGGACUUGAAACUUGUAGUUCUAAAAGUCCUUUGCCUAAUUUGAUGAAAUUAUUCUUGCGCGACAAUCAAUUGAUGGGAAAAUUGCCGAAUUGGUUGGGUGAGCUUAAAAAUCUUAGGGUACUCGAUUUAUCUGGUAACAAAUUUGAAGGUCCCAUCCCUGCUUCUUUAGGGACAUUGCAACACCUGGAGUAUAUGUAUCUUGGAUUCAAUGAGAUGAAUGGAAGUCUCCCAGAUAAUAGUAUUGGACAACUUUCUCAACUGCAAGUCUUGGAUGUUUCUUCCAAUCAUUUGAGUGGAAGUCUCUCUGAACAACAUUUUGGGAAGUUGAGCAACUUGGAGUAUCUACAGAUGGACUCCAAUUCUUUCCAUUUGAAUGUGAGUCCCAAUUGGGUUCCCCCUUUCCAAGUGAAAAGUCUUCGUAUGGAUUCAUGCCACUUGGGUCCUUCAUUUCCGGCUUGGCUUCAGUCUCAAAAGAACCUCCAGUUUCUUGAUUUCUCAAAUGGCAGCAUUUCAAGUCCCAUUCCAAACUGGUUUUGGAAUAUUUCUUUUAAUUUGCAGCACGUAUUCCUUUCCAACAAUCAAUUACAAGGUCAGCUACCAAAUUCAUUAAAUUUUUCUGGUCAAUUAGAGAUUGAUUUCAGUUCCAACCUCUUUGAAGGACCUAUUCCUUUUUCAAUCAAAGGGGUCUCUUUUCUAGAUUUCUCCCAUAAUAAAUUUUCUGGGGCCAUCCCAUCAAACAUAGGUGAAUCCCUACCCAACUUGUAUUUCCUUUCUCUUUCGGGUAAUCGAAUAACAGGGACCAUCCCAGAUUCCAUAGGACACCUCUUCUAUCUUAAAGUCAUUGAUUUUUCAAGGAAUAAUUUGACUGGAAACAUUCCUUCUACAAUAAAUAAUUGCUCUAGCCUAAUUGUUUUAGACCUUGGAAAUAACAAUUUGUCUGGGAUGAUCCCAAAGUUGUUGGGUCAGUUACAAUUGCUUCAAUCACUACACUUGAAUGACAACAAGCUUUCAGGAGAGCUCCCCUCAUAUUUCCAAAAUUUAUCAAGUUUGGAAGUCCUUGAUCUUAGCUCUAACCAAUUAUCGGGUAAGGUUCCUUCAUGGGUUGGAACUGCUUUCAUAAAUCUUGUAAUACUCAACUUGAGGUCAAAUGCAUUUUUUGGAAGACUUCCCUCGCGGCUAUCAAAUUUAAGCUCCCUACAUGUCUUAGACCUUGCACAAAACAAUUUGAUUGGUAAAAUUCCAAUUACUUUUGUGGAGCUUAAAGCCAUGGCUCAGGAGCAUAACAUGGAUAUGUAUUCUUUAUAUCACACGGGGAGCAGCUCUUGGUAUGAAGAAAGGUUGAUUGUGAUUACAAAAGGCCAAAGUCUUAAAUACACCAGGACUCUUUCUCUUGUUGUUAGCAUAGAUCUAUCCGACAAUAAUUUAAGUGGAGAGUUUCCUGAAGUAAUAACAAAAUUGUCUGGUUUGGAGUUUCUAAACUUGUCCAUGAAUCACAUCAUUGGCAAAAUUCCCGAAAGCAUUUCAAUGUUGUGUCAGUUGUCCUCUCUUGAUCUAUCAAGUAAUAAGCUUUCUGGCACCAUUCCUUCAAGCAUGUCCUCGUUAACAUUCUUGAGUUAUUUGAAUUUAUCAAAUAACAAUUUCUUUGGUAAGAUCCCCUUUAUAGGGCAAAUGUCGACUUUCACAGAGUCAGCUUUUGCUGAAAACCCGAAUCUUUGUGGAACUCCAUUAGUCACAAAAUGCCAGGAUGAAGAUCUAGAUAAAAGGCAAAGUGCUCUUGAGGACAAAAUUGAUGGUAGCUACGUUGAUAAGUGGUUUUACUUGAGUAUUGGCUUGGGAUUUGCGAUGGGCAUUUUAGUUCCAUAUUUUGUUUUGGCAACAAGAAGAUCUUGGUGUGAUGCCUAUUUUGAUUUUGUGGACAAAAUUGUCAAAUGGCUAUUGUUUAGAAGAAGAGUGACCUAUGCCAAAAAUCAAGCCUAA